AGGUAAUAUCCACACACAUCUCUCACCGUGCGCGGAGUGUAUGAGAAGCACAAGAUUGGAUCAACCGUCGUCGUUUUCACCAGGGAACAAAUACACACCUGAACAAGCAGCAGACUAAUCUUUCCACGAAAUGUCUACCAAAAUAUUUACGUUAAAAGUUAUCGGAGCAGCAAUCUUCAUUGCCCUGAUUGUGGCGAUAGUCGGAUCGGUGAUAACCGGACAUCGACUGAAGAAGGCGAGCAACAACCCAAAAAAGUACGGGAUAGUCCUGGAUGCUGGCUCCUCCCACACGGCGCUCUACGUCUACGAGUGGCCGGCAGAGAAGCAGAACGACACGGGGGUGAUUGCCCAGCGCCACCAUUGCCGCGUUGAAGGAGGAGGGAUCUCGAGUUACAGCAGCUCCCCGUCGGGGGCCGGGGAGUCACUCCGGGCGUGCAUGGACGAGGCCAAGGCCAUCGUGCCCAAGGACCGCUGGGCUGACACGCCGCUGGCUCUGGGGGCCACUGCCGGCAUGAGGCUUCUGGAGAUGAGUGACUCGGUGGCAGCGAAGGCAGUGCUGUCAUCAGUGCGGGAAGUGCUCGUCUCGUCUCCGUUCUCGUACCACGAGGCGCGCAUCAUCUCAGGCCAGGAAGAAGGGACCUACGGUUGGAUGACAGCCAAUUACUUCUUGUACAACUUCAUUCAGUUCACAUGGCUGGGCACAUGGCAAUGGACCACAUCCACGAAGCCCAUCGGAGCCUUGGACCUGGGUGGAGCAUCCACUCAGAUCACAUUUAUGACUGAGGAGCCUCUGCAGGGCUCACCGGACAGCCUGACCAUCCAGCUGUAUGGAAGAAAGUACCACGUGUAUUCCCACAGCUACCUGUGCUAUGGACGUGACCAGGCAAUCAAGCGCUUCCUCUCCACUCUAUACAAGGCUUCUCCUGGAGCCCAGGUGGACAACCCAUGCUACCCAAGAUUUGACUCCGUUGCGUACAACCUCAGCGACAUCUACGACAGUCCCUGUACGAGCGAUGCGAGGCCGGCGAAUUAUGAUCCCAACCGGUCCGUGAUUUUCCGAGGCACGGCAGACCCUGCCGCAUGCAUCAACACGAUCUCCAGCAUCUUUAAAUUCUCCGCCUGCAACUCGCCCAACUGCACCUUCGACGGAGUCUGGCAGCCGCCCGUGCAAGGCCAGUUCUUGGCUUUUUCAUGUUUUUAUCAUACCAUGGCUGCAUUCAACUUUACCAACCCGAAACCCUCUCUGAAUGACGCCACGGUCGCUUUCAAUAACUACUGCCGUAGAACCUGGAAUGAGGUUAACGCACAGCAUCCAGGAGUUGAAGCCGAACGUUUGAGAGACUACUGCUUUCAGGCCUAUUAUGUUUACACGCUGUUGAUUAAAGGCUACAAAUUCGACGAAGAAAGCUGGAAAAACAUCAACUUUCAGAAGGAGGCGGGGGGUGGAGAGUUGGGUUGGGCCCUUGGGUUCAUGCUCAACGUUACGAACAUGGUGCCCGUCGAGAAGCUCCCAGACCUGUUCAGCACGGCCAUCGUGGGCUUCUCCUUCGUCUUCCACCUUGCGAUAUUACUCGCUGUAGCAUGUUUCCUUUAUGUAGUGCACUACCGCAGCGCAUCUGCAAAGGACAAAAGGGGGGACAGUCACACGGUUAUUUAGUGACACUGAGUUUUUAAUUCACCAGAAGAGCAACGAUAGAACAUGGCCUUUCCAGUGUCACCGCUCAAGCAAAAAGCCCCAAUCACAAAUUAUAUUUGUCCCAUUCCAACUUCCCUCCCUUUAUCCUAUUUCUCCACCGUUUGGCUACCUUAAUUCCCGGCUAGCUAAUGGACUUCACAUUUGGCGUGCUGGGCGGGUGGGGGGGCCUAUUCACUAUUAAUGCAUGGGAAUGGGAUGCCUGGUAUGUGUUAUGUAACUCAAAUUGUGUGCAUGGACUGAAAAUUGUCUUUCUCUUCUUGGUUCUUUCGGUAAAGUCACGUAGAAGGGAAGUAUUAAAAUAAUAAAAAUAAAACAUAAUAAAAUAAAAUAAUUCUCACGACGUUUCGGCCACAAUGCAAGCAGCCGUCCCUGCAGUCACGAAAGCUUUAAAUCGAAAUUGUAUUUCUGUUAAUGAACCUCGUGGCUUUCCAGUAUCAAAGUAUAAGAACAAGUUUUACCCUUUCUGGCAAUAAAACAGAUGUUAAGAUGCUCGAACACCAAACAGAAACCUUUUGCAAAAACAUGCAAACAAAACCAUGCUCUUACAAGAGCAUAUUUAGUUUGCAUGUUCACCACAAGUAUGUGUUUGUUAAUGUAGACGCGACUCCUUGCAAAAGGUUUUUGUUUGGUAUUUGUACCGAAAGAACUAAGAAGAUAUUUUAACACCUGUUGUAUUGCCACAAAGGGUAACACAUAUUCUUAUAAAUUUCGUCGCUACAGACCGUACCUCGACCACGAAGGCGAUGAUGCACAGUAGCUCUUUGCGACACACAAUCGCCCGUGUGCUUAUGUAUAUUACAUACGUGCGUGUAUGUAGCAUGUCGCGUGUGGGAUUUGUAAGUGUGCUGGAGAGUAUGCAAAUGAUGCUGUUAAGAGAGAGAGAGAGAAUGUGUGCAGAUGUGAAUGUGUGUGCUGGAUGUCCUGGCUCUACAUAAUAAUUCCAGUCGUUCAACCUGUUUCUUUUCAUUUAUUUUCACACACGUGUAUUUCACAACCGUAUCUAGAAAUCAAUAAACAAAAAUACAUCUAAAAGUUCAUAACAUGUCGAGGAUGCGCAACGAUAUGGUUCAGACUAACCCAUGCUCGGGUAUCUGCCGUCCCGUUUCUUGUUCGUCGCGUUCGAAAGCGCCCCCUCUCACGGUGACCCCUGCCCCCACUCACGGUGACCCCUGACCUCUCUCUCGGUGACCCCUGCCCCCUCUCACGGUGACCCCUGCCCCCUCUCACGGUAACCCCUGCCCCCUCUCACGGUGACCCCUGCCCCCUCUCACGGUGACCCCUGACUUCUCUCAAGGUGACCCCUGCCCCCUCUCACGGUGACCUCUGCCCUCUCUCACGGUGACCUCUGCCCUCUCUCACGGUGAUCUCUGUCCUCUCUCCCCAGGACCCUCUCUGCCGCUCUCUAGGCGGAGCAUUCAUCUCGUUCCUAACUCCAACUCUACUCUCGCUCCAGCGCCAACUCAUUGUUCACCUCUUUCCUUUGUAUCCGCCUCUGCAGCACAAGCCCUGUUUUAAUCUCUUCCUUUGGUCUGGCUGUUCUUCACAGGGUUUAUUUCGAUAUUUUAUAGCGUGGGUUAUUUUGCUUUUAUGUAUUAUCAGCUUUUACUGUAUUUCGAUUGGAAUGUAUCUUUAAAGGUAUCCCUCGAUUUAUUAAAAGGAUGCGUUCAUCAAAAAAAAAAUACGCGCAAAAAGAAAUUGGAAAUUGCUUUUCCCAUUAAUUUUACACAAAAAAAUUCGGGAUGUGUUUCAGUCAUUCCAUCUUAAUUCCUAACCGAAAAAUAUACGCUGAAAAGGAAUAAAAAAAUAACAUUAAAACUAUUGAAUAAUAAUGACAAAUUAAAACAAUUUUCAAGGAACUCGCCAAAAAGAUCCGCAUGUUGUAAUGAGAGUCAAGGUCACGUGGGAGGCGUUGCUGUUGUAACCGAGGGGUACCGUGACGCUGUCGUGGAUGACCAAGCACGGCAGCGUCCCGCGUGGCUUCUCCGUUCGACGAUCUCGGGACGCGGUGUCGCAGGGAAAUUUCGUUCACGCACAAAUUCGAUUUCGCUCAUCGAAAAGUGUCCAGAAUUAUGUCAAUUGCAUUAACGCGAGUAUUCCUAAACCGAGAGUUUGUAAAUCGAGGGAUGACUACUUGAGUGUGAUCUUGUUUGUUUGUUAAGUACGGCGCUUUGAGAUAUUUAGAAAUGAAAGGUGUUUUUUUAAAUAAAAGUAACAUUGUUACGGUAUAAAAUAAUCACUGCAUAUGGGCAUAAGGUAACAUAUUUUAGCAGUGAAUACAUGUUUAUAUGAAUGUAGAGGAAUAUGUUAACCUAAAUAUAUUAAUAUUCAGUUGGAGUUGUUGAUUUCAAGCAUAGAAAUAAACAAUACAAUAACA